UGACAAUGGAGAAUAGUUUCAGUCAGUUUGGCUCUGCUACUGCCCCCUGGAGGAUGCCCUGGAUCCUGCUUCUCUCUGUAUUCUGCUCCUAUGAAUUUGCACUUGCAUGUGUUCCACUGCUAAAUGAGCGGAAUGUGGCACUAAAUCAUCCAGUCUGCCAGAGCUCGGUAUUUUCAGGUGGGAGACCCCGACUUGCUGUGGACGGGAAUAUGGACGCAAAUUACGAAUCUAGAUCCUGCACGCACACAGAUCUGGACUAUUCGCCCUGGUGGAGGCUCAACCUGACAGAAAGCUAUAAAAUCAGCGCUGUUAUUGUGCUUAACCGGAAAGACUGCUGCAGAGAGCGGCUAUAUGGAGCAGAGAUCUAUGUAGGAGACUCUGACGACUACAAAAAAAACAUUUUAUGCGGCAAAAUACCUGCUAGUGACAUUCCCUCAGUGAAAAUUUGCUGUGACGGAAGAGAGGGACAGUAUGUCACCAUUAUACUCACUAACCGCAGGCAGCAUCUGACUCUGUGCGAGGUUGAGGUUUAUGGGGUUCCUGCUAAUCGUGGAUCUGUGUGCGAUAACAUUGUCUAAUGAAUCAAUAAAGUCAUAAAAUCCACAA